GUCGUCUGACAGGCGCUCCUCUCCCUUCUCAAGUCUAGCCAGCUCUUGGUCGGUUUCAUUCGACAGCUAAAACACCACCAAACGCCAAAAUGAGCAGAAAAUUCUUCGUCGGUGGAAACUGGAAGAUGAAUGGUGACAAAAAGAGCCUGGGUGAGCUCAUUCAGACAAUGAACUCCGCCAAGGUGGAUCCCAAUGUCGAGGUGGUGUGUGGUGCUCCAGCCAUCUACCUGGACUUUGCCAGGUCCAAACUGGACCCCAAGUUCGGUGUUGCCGCCCAGAACUGCUACAAAGUAGCCAAAGGGGCUUUCACUGGGGAGAUCAGCCCGGCGAUGAUCAAGGACUGCGGCGUCCACUGGGUGAUCUUGGGACACUCGGAGAGGCGCCACGUCUUCGGAGAGAGUGACGAACUCAUCGGGCAGAAGACGGCCCACGCGUUGGAGAACGGCCUCGGCGUGAUCGCCUGCAUCGGCGAGAAACUGGACGAGAGGGAGGGAGGCAUCACCGAAAAGGUCGUCUUUGCUCAGACGAAGGUCAUCGCAGACAACGUCAAGGACUGGAGCAAAGUGGUGCUCGCUUAUGAGCCCGUGUGGGCCAUCGGCACUGGCAAGACAGCCUCCCCCCAGCAGGCUCAGGAGGUUCACGAGAAGCUGAGAGCAUGGCUCAAGGCAAACGUGUCCGAGGCAGUCGCCAACUCCGUGAGGAUCAUCUACGGAGGUUCCGUGACCGGCGGCACCUCCAAGGAACUGGGCUCCCAGAAGGACGUAGACGGUUUCCUGGUCGGCGGCGCUUCCCUCAAGCCCGAAUUCGUCGAGAUCAUCAACGCCAAGAUGUAAAAAGUCUGACGAGCCAUCACUGCACUUAGUCCUCCCCCUUUAUUAUUAUUAUUUUUUUUAAAUUACACCUACUUGUGCAAUGCUGUCAUGAUCUCCUCGUACGUGUUUGGGCACGUCUCAUUUUGAGGAACAGGAUUGGAGCGGGUUAGCACAUGCACCGAAAACUGGUGUGCACUUGCAGUUUCAGUCGUUUUUCUUAUGAGUGUGUGUCUCCGUCUGUGGCUUUCACCUCCCCGUAGCUGUGCAUGAGCCGCGCUCUUGUUAGCAUAUCCAUCACGUGUCCGUUCAUGUUGUGUCAUGAUGGUUUUGAGGGUGACGAGGCUGUAAGGAAACUAAAUAAACCGAAUAGAGAUUG